AUGAUUGUUCUCAAAGUCAUGGACCUGGACAUUGCUUUAUGGGUCGAUCAACCUUCUUCACUUACUGAUAAAAGUAUCUCGGAUGACAACAAAGAGAUGGAAAAAUGGAAAAAGAUCAAAUCGCAUAAGCUUAAUGUCAUAAAGUAUUCUAUUCCAGAAACAUUCUGGGGCACUAUGUCCGAUAAGGUGACCACGGCUAAGAGUUUCUUUGAGGACCUUGAUAAGAAGUUUGCUAAGAAUGAAAAAGCUGAAACAAGUACAAUUUUAGCACAGGUUGUCUCAAUAAGGUAUAAAGGGAAAGGAAAUACAUGGGAAUGCAUUAUAGAAAUGUCUUAA